AUGACUCCAACGUCUACUCCUACGUCUACACCUGUUAAUUUUACUCAUGUUUCAUUUUUUGAUAUCCACAACUUGCUCAAUGUCACAUUCGUCCUGUGCUUCACCGAAUGUGAACUGGACAAGUGGUUUAUCGCAAGGCCAACGUUUACGUGUCUCAUACUCGUACUUCUAUUUAUUCUCUAUUUAUAUGUAGCAAUCGUUCAUUACCCCGCAUAUAGAUGUAACAAGCACAUUACCCGUCGUAAUGCUAGGACUGCCUCGUUGGAAGAUACCUCUCAGAAUCGACUAGUAUACGUUAUAGUAUUUCCAUUCGCUCUGAUAUAUAUAUCGCUGAGAAUCGCAUGGGAGCUUUACCGACAAUGUGUAUUCUAUUCACUGGACACGAUCGAAUUCGUUAUCAGAUUAGUUCCCCGUGGACUUGCUGUGCUCUGGCGAAAUUAUUUGCGUAUUGUAAUGAAAACUAUCGUGCAUGUAAUGAAAACUAUCGUGCUUGGCACCUGGUAUAUCAUCCGGUCAAUUUUACGAACAUCGGUGAGAGCGAUCUGGAAAUCGUUGAUAUUCGGAUACAACGCCAUUUGGAAAACGUGUGCAUAUUCAUGGAACACAAUUAAAAGAUCCUGCGUAUAUGUUUGGAGGGACGUCGGAAAACGAUUGCUUUUUGCUAUAUGUAUUAAUCCAACAAAGUGGGCCAUCAGGCGUGGAAUAUAUCUGUCUCGUAUAGCAUGCUAUGUUGCAUGCUUUAUUAUACGUGAUAUGUUGGAAGAUGUACGUGAUCUGGUUUUCUUGGGCUGCGAUUCAUCGCGGCGGAUUUGGAAUUCCACAAUUGUUCCAGCUGGCCAUGUCGCUUAUCAUGCAAUCGCCUAUUCCCGGGCAACUGUGCGAGUGUAUGGGUCUAAAGUCCGAGCGCAUUUGUACAAGCGUGUGUUUAUCGCCGGAACAAGUGAACUCACUUGGAUUGUGGGUGAAGUGUUGAGGGACCCAAUCCUUAGAUAUGUUGCUGAAACCGGAUAUGGUACAAUUAGGAGAGCAAAGUUUUGUUUGAGCUUUAUGGCGGUUUCGAUGAAACAAUGCGUGACUCAAGGCCUAUACGCUAUGCAACGACUGUUAUCUCAAGCCCUAUACUUUAUACAACGGCUGUUAUCUCAAGCCCUAUACUUUAUACAACGGCU